AUGGGUGGUGUCACACAAAAAAUGACUGAUACUGUUAAGAAUGUACCUGGUUUGGGAACAACAGGUAUUCAUGCUGUUGCAGUACUUACUGAUCCGAGUAAUGGACAAGUUUAUGGUCAUGUUGAUUUUGUUGAAGCAAGUGAUGGAGUAGUAACUGUUAGUGGUGAAAUUAAAAAUAUACCUGAUAAACAAAAACGUGGUUUUCAUAUACAUGAAUUUGGUGAUACUACUAAUGGAUGUACUUCAGCUGGUGCUCAUUACAAUCCAGAUAAUCAUGAACAUGCUGGUCCACAAGAUGAACUUCGUCAUGUUGGUGAUCUUGGAAAUAUAACUGGUGGAUCUGGCAAUGUUGCUAAAUUUAAUUUUAAAGAUUCAAUUAUUAAAUUAACAGGUUCAAAAUCAAUUAUUGGACGUUCAAUUGUUGUUCAUGAAAAGGAAGAUGAUCUUGGUCGUGGAAAUUCAGCUGAUUCAAAGAAAACAGGCAAUGCCGGUGGUCGUAUGGCUUGCGGUGUUAUUGGCAUUAAAAAAAACUAA